AUGUCCGGUACAAUUCUAUUAUUGUACUACAAAAUAAUAUUUUAAAUCCAAGUUCAAAAUUGUAUAACCUAUGAAAACAGUAACGGAAUUACUUCGACGAAAUACAUCAUCAAACGCCAUGGCCGACGACAUAAUGACUCGGUUCUACACAUGUCUAAACUUCCGUUUAGAAGAGAAACUAGCUGAGCUUACAAGAAUAAUAGAUCAUUCAACACCAACCAAAGAACUUCAAGUAUUAUUUCCUCAACUCAUCAACAAUAUCUUCGCAUCGAGCAAUGGAUGGAACCUGAAAACAGUGACUUGCGACAAUACUCGUACCAAUAGAUAUGAGUUUGAGGCACUGAUUAGCUUUUUAGAGCCUCAGGGACCCAUGUUCAGAUUGUGUUAUAAGUUACUGUCUGAUCCACAGUACAAAUACAAUCUGUCUUUGAAUGUUUUGCCUUUAGAUCUCAGGAUGAGUUUAGAAAGAGGCAGGUGUCCUCAAUUUUACUCAGACUUGCUGGUAAUGGACUCGCAGACUAUGAAUGUGGUUGCUUUGGCACUGAACCCUUUCGACUACUAUAUUUUCAACUUCGCUCUCCACCUGGUGAACAACGCACAGCAACAAAGCACCUGGGAGCAUUGGAACAGUGCAUACUUUGCUUUGGCCUGUGAUUACCUCAUGCACUUCCUACCUUCAGAUCCUAAUGUCUCAGUACUACCUCAUAUUCCUAAUUACAGUGGAAAGGUUGCUAUGGCCGCUCCAUUGCAAACUGCCAACAGACCUUUGUGCUCGCCAUCGCUGCUUCUAAUACCAGACCUGUGUGGUAUGGGCAAUCAGCAUUCGUCGCCGCAGAGCCAGUCGCGUAACGAGGUCUGGCGUUCAGAGACCGUGCUACAGGUCUUCGUUGAUAUAUGGAUGAGUGUUGAACAGUUCAACGCUAGGGAUGUCGAAGUAUUCCAGAGAAGCUAUCAAAGCAUGUGUUCUACACCAGAAAGAGUGCGAACAGUAAGAGUCCUAGUAAAACACAUCCAUUCGUUCUCAGCCAAACACCAGGCCGAUACUGCUAGUCGCUCGUCCGCACUGCGCAAGUACGCACGACAAAUUAUGUGCGCCCGCGCGUAUCACUACGUUAGGCAUCUAGUCACUACGUGGCCUUUGGAUGCUUCUUUCAGACUUGUGUUGGAACUAUGGCUGAGUCUUAUACAACCUUGGAGAUAUACUAACAACACUAUUAAUCAAGACAGAUUUCCUGGCUACCACCAUAACCAAGAGGAAAGCAACGUCGGCGCACUAGACGCAAGUUAUACUCAGUUCAUUGCCGAGAACUUCCCAUCUUACACCUGCAUCUUUCAAUUGGUGCUACCAAGGUUCAUGAGAAUGGAAUUGACUGCUUACAAAAACGCCGUUAUGUUGUUUCGGUUAGGAAAGGUGUUUUCACAACAGCAUCUAGUGCCGAUCUUAUCGAAUUUGGAGCAAGCCAUCAAGGACAAUAACUUUGGAUUGCAUCACAGUCCAGAGACUAGUUUUAACAGCUCUAUGCAUGAACAAAGCUACACUUACAACGGCGUCCCUUUACAUAAAUGGGUCGCCAUUGCCAAACAAGCAAUAACAGAACUGAAUAUGUCUUCAACAUUUGAAUAUGAACCGAUAUGGGGCGAAAACAAGAAUUACUACGGAAUUGAGUUUCUCAAGAAAAUACUCGAAGCUAAAACAUCUGCGGAAAAUAUUGUUGAAGAGUAUAGCAAGAAAUUGAGUCCGAAACAAAAGGGUACAUGGGCUAGCAUAAAAUACUGGUUCAUGAUCGGAGAUACAUAUGAGGAGGAAUUAUUACUGGAAGAGUACAAGAAAGUGCCUACUUAUCUCAACGCUUCUAUACGUUAUUUUUCGUCUAUAUUUGGGCUGAAUGAAAUUACAUUGAUUCCUCCAGAUUCUGUAGUUGGAGAAAGUUUAUUGGAGAACUCCUCAUUUGCCAAUUCAACCAAUUUCGCAUCUUCGAUUACUCAAAAGCUUCGCACAAAACCAACUAAAGUAAGCUACAUGGGUGAUCCAGACCUCAUGCCGAUAACAUCGUACGAGAGCACGAUACUAGUCAGAAUAUUCUAUCAAAUAGCAUCCAAGUUAAACGAAAUUUACCGUGAAGAAUUUACAAAUUUAUGGAACAGAGAAGACUACCCAGGUUACGUGACGCGUGAAAUACUUGAAAGGCCUUGCACGAUACGCACCUAUGUGAAGGACAUGGCCAACCGCCAAAACAUUGUUACUCAAGAACUACCUCCAAGACUGUCGCUAAGAAAACUCGGCUCCCACGCUUUCGUCAUAUGGGUCAGCCUUGGCUAUUUCUUUUUCAAAGUAUUUGGUUUCAGCGGUUUUUUUUACACCUUCAUUCUCGUUGUGUCUUGGUUGAUCAUCGUUUUAACAAAGUCUUUAUUGAAAUAUUUAAAUAUUAUGAAAGCUUGAUUGUAAUCUUUUAUUUAUUUUAUAU